AUGGUAAUCGGGGAUUUUAAUCUCAUUCUGCAUGACUCGGACAAGAACAAACCAAGGGUGAAUAGAAGUUGGAUGCGGAAAUUCAAAUCCGCGGUAGACGCAAGCUUCCUCCGAGAGAUCAAGUUGGUCGGGAGGCGAUUCACAUGGAGUAAUGAACAAGACGACCCGACUUUAGUGCGCCUGGACAGAGCCUUCUGCAACUCCGAUUGGGACGACAUGCAUCCAGCAGCGAAGCUGCUACCACAGGCGUCCUCCAUGUCUGAUCACUGCCCCCUCUUGCUAGUACAGGACUAUAUUGUCAAAACGCCUCCGAGAUUCCGUUUCGAGAGCUUUUGGCCGCUCUUACAAGGAUAUAGGGAAGUCGUGCAACAAUCUUGGAGUGAACUUUGCCCUCUCACUAACAACUUCGCCGUGCUCGACUUCAAGCUGAAACGGCUUGCAAAGUGCUUGACCAGCUGGGCUAAGAAUUACAUUGGGUACAUUAGGAAGCAGAUGCUGGUGGGACAGGAGAUCAUACUCCGACUUGACACAGCACAACAACAUAGGUUACUGUCGGUAGGGGAGAGGGAGCUGCGCUCUUGCCUAAAGGCUCGGGAGGUUGUGCUGGCUUGCAUCAAUCGCAUCAAAGCUAGGCAGAGAGAAAGAAUCAAGUGGCUUAAGCUUGGCGACGCCAACACUAAGUACUUCCACUCAAGGGGGUUUGAUUGGGCUGAGCUGGGGCUUCCAGCACCUGACUUAUCUGCGCUAGACGCGCCGUUUACCCUGGAAGAGCUGAAGACUGCGGUCUUUGACACGCCUUCUGAUAAGGCGCCUGGGCCUGAUGGGUUCUCCGCGGGGUUCUUUAAGACUUCCUGGGGCGUGGUGAAGGAUGAUCUGCUACGUGCACUUAACAAGUUCUACGACCUCAAUGAUCCUUCCUUCAAUAGUCUGAACACCGCCUUCUAUUUGAUCUCCAAAAUCCUCUCCGCAAGGCUGCAGCCUUAUAUGGACGAUCUGGUCUCCCCGUGUCAGAGCGCCUUCAUCAGCGGCAGAAGUAUCCAGGACAAUUUCCUCUAUGUCCAGAACAUUGCCAAACACUACCACCAAACCAAGACGCCUGCCUUGCUUCUCAAGCUGGAUAUUGCUAAGGCGUUUGACACGGUGUCUUGGACCUACAUUUUGGACAUGCUACAUGCACGAGGUUUCCCUGUCAGGUGGAGGAAUUGGAUUGCACUGCUUUUCAGAACAGCUUCGUCCAAGGUUCUCAUCAAUGGAGCCCCUGGGCGCCCCAUCGAGCACCGCAGAGGUCUUCGGCAGGGGGACUCUCUCUCCCCUUUUCUGUUCGACCUUGCCAUGGAGCCCCUACAUCGACUGCUCGACCUCGCAUCUGGAGCCGGGAUACUCUCUAAGCUUAGAGGUUCGAAAUGCACUUUCAGGGCUUCCAUUUAUGCGGACGACGUCGCGCUCUUCAUCAACCCCACACUUCAAGACAUCCAAGGGCUGCAGGAUAUUCUUACCGGGUUCGGUCGGGCCACUGGGCUACAAACAAAUUUGGCUAAGAGCUCCAUCACGCCAAUUAGCUGCGACGGCAUUGACACUGUGGGGCUAGCACAGAAUAUCGGCAUUCCGGUCAACUCUUUUCCCUGUGUAUACCUGGGUAUGCCCCUCUCAAUUAAGAAGCUCACCAAGGCUGAUUGGCAAGCGCUCCUUGAUAAGGUCGACAAGUAUCUGGCUACUUGGAAGCUUGGGUUCGUAAGGAGUUCGAUCGCAGACGAAGGGCCUGGCUUUGGGCGGGUGACACAACUUGCAGUGGCGGCAAGUGUACAGUCAGUUGGAAACAGGGACAAGGCAAUGUUUGCGGCAGCUACACAAAUCACGUUGGGAGAUGGAUCCAAGGCUGUGUUCUGGUCAGAUCGUUGGUUGAGUGGUCAAAUACCAGCAGAGAUUGCCCCUGAGCUCUACAAGAUUUCCAUCAGGAAGAACAGGACAGUUAAGGAGGCGUUGGAAAACGAGAGAUGGCUGCUUGACCUACGACACCACCUAGAUGUUCAGCACCUGCCUCAACUGUUCAGGCUGGCUCACUUGAUUGACUCGGUUCAGCUCACUCAAGAGCCUGAUGAUAUCACUUGGAGGUUUGGAGCCAAGCCUUGUUACUCUGCUGGUUCAGCUUACAGGUUGCAAUUUCUGGGAGCUGUUGGGACUGACUUCAAGAAGAUAAUCUGGAAGGGGUGGGCGCCGGCGAGAUGCAAAUUCUUCAUUUGA